AUGGGUAUUGUGCGAUCCUUGGCCCUUUAUGGGGCCCCAAUUUGGGCAGACUCUUUGUCAAAUCGAGAUAUUAUUCUCUUGAGGAAGCCGCAGAGAACUUUAGCUAUCAGAAUUACUCGUUCAUACCGGACAGUUUCUUUUGAUGCAGCGUAUCUUCUUGCUGGAUCAUUGCCAUGGGAUCUAGAUGCAAGAGCUUUAUCGUCAUUAUUUCAUUGGGAAGAAGAGGUGAUUAAGAAUAGAGGCUUUCGUCUGGCUCUAAUUGAGAUGAACAGGGAAAAGGAUAAUUUGCGGAGAGAAGCUUUAGAAAUUUGGUCUGAGAGGUUGACGAAUGUUGAUUUUGGAUUAAGAACGGUUUCUGCGAUUAUGCCGGUUUUUGAUGCUUGGUUGACAAGGUGCCAUGGCUUUUUAUCUUUUCGUUUGGUGCAGGUGAUGACUGGGCAUGGUUCCUUUGGUAGGUACUUGUGUCGUAUUGGUAAAAGGCCUAAUGCGGCAUGCUACCAUUGCAGUAGUAAUGACGAUUCUUCGGAGCAUACAUUGGAAGCUUGUCCUGCUUGGUCUGUUGAACGCAAUGCUCUUUGUGCAGUUGUUGGCGGAGACCUCUCCUUACCGGCUGUUGUUCAUGCAAUGACUCAAAGUGAAAGACAAUGGAAGGCGAUGCUCGCUUUCUGUGAUACUGAGAUGUUGCAGAAAGAGAGAUUUAAACGUAUCGCUGCUAAUUGUAGUCGUCUAUUUGAUGGGGUCCAGUGCAGACCAGCUGCUGAAGCGGGCACCAACAUCACUCUGAGUUGUCCCAGCUAUGUCUUAUCCUUUGAUCCAACCAGAACCACUCAAAUCGCUUGCACGGACAGCGGAAUCUGGGCAGACGGCGGUGAAUCACCAGAUUACAGCAAGUGCUAUGACGACAAUUCAAAAUUGACAAACUUGACGACGGCGGGAUGGAUAAAUAUUGCCGGUCACGGUGUUUACACUAUCUUUACGCUGAUCACCUUGUUGACUAUCUUUUGCAAUUGCAUGGGGAUUACGUCGUCAAAUAAACGCUUCGACCUCGACGCAUAUCACGAAGAGAUGAAAGAGUGCCCACGACCAGGAAGAACAAUCUACUCACUGAAUGCCAGAACGCAAGCAACAUAUCCUGCUAAAACCGUUGUUUUUAAAUGCGGAGAGCACAUUCUAACAAUAAAUUCAGCUGAUGUCUUUGCACCGCAUAAUUUACCGCCCGCUUGUUUUCUAUCUCAUUCUAACUCGAUGAGUGAACGCGAGGAUGCGAUCUCGCUCCCGCUUGAGGCAACGUCUGCAUUCACCGGUACCGGUUCGGAGGCCCCUACCGCGGUUUCUCCGAGCCUUUUGUGUGAGAACUGA